GUAUAAUUUCUCCUCAAUCUAUCUUCCGAUGAUGUUCGGUUGUGUUCCCAAACAACGAAAAGGCACGCCCCCGAAGAAUCUGCAAUUGAGUCCCCACAACACACUGAUCAUCAACACUGCCCUUUGUCCCCUCUUUUACUGAGAGAGAGAAACAAAAAGCAAAAGAAAAAGAGCGAAAGAAAAAGCAUUCCUUUUUCAGAAAGAGUGAAAGAAGUGAAGGGCGGGGACGGCGGGGUUCCUUCAGCCGCAAUGAGGCUCACCGGAGACGAUAAUGGUGGUGGUGGGGAAGGAGCUUUGACGGUGGUCGGGGUGAAAAUGGAUGGCCGGAGUAAAGAGUUGUUGACUUGGGCUCUGGUUAAAAUCGCUCGGCCUGGCGAUCGCGUCGUUGCUCUUCACGUUCUCAAUCUCAAUACAGAAGAUAAAGGGGAGUUGCUUUCGUUGGUGAAGACGUUUGAUUCAGUGCUGGCAGAUUACGAAGGCUUCUGCAACUUAAAGCAGGUUGAUUUGAAGUUCAAGGUUUGUAGAGGAUCACCGGUGCGUAAGAUCCUAGUCCGGGAAGCGAAAACUUAUCGAGCUGCAAAUUUGGUUGUUGGUACUUCAUCCACCCACCAUACUAUCCGGUCUUCGGUUUCAGUUGCAAAGUAUUGUGCCAGGAAUGUCGAGAGGAGCGUCUCGGUUAUUGCUGUUAAUGACGGGAAAAUUGCCUUCCAAAGGGGAGCAUCGGAUUUGACUGGCCAAACGUGUCACGUUGAUGUUCCCGGAACAGCACAAAGUAGUGGUGGCGGUAAUGAGAGUAACCCUCUAGCUUUGGUGCCCGUCGAGUCUAUGGACCCGCCUGAAUCAAAGCCGGGAAUGGGAUGGUCGUUGCUUAGAAGAGUGCAUCUUCAAAACGGGAAGAAGUCUGGAAAAUCUGCAAAAAUGUCGUCUUUAGUGCAACGGGUUCUAACUUUGCAAAGUAGGCAAUCUUUUGCAGCUAUCUACCCUAGAACGGAUGAAAAGAACGAUGAAAUUGCAUCUCUUUCCGUUCCUAAGGAGCUCGAGGAUCUUUCGAAAAAGUAUGCAUCCGUCUGCAAAUUGUUCAGCUACCGGGAACUUUUGACAGCAACGUCUAAUUUCACAUCUGAGAAUAUAAUUGGAAAAGGCGGGAGCAGUAUGGUUUACAAAGGGAGCCUUCCCGAUGGCAAGGAAGUAGCGGUGAAAACGCUUAAGCCAUCACAAACUAUGGUGACCCAAUUUUGCUCAGAAAUCGAGAUUCUUACAACUUUGCAUCACAAAAACAUUAUAUCGCUUCUGGGGUUCUGCUUCGGAGACAGCAAUCUUUUGUUGGUUUAUAAUCUGUUAUCCCGAGGAAGCCUCGAAGACAAUCUCCAUGGUACCCCAAAUGUCGGGAAUACAUUUGGUUGGAGCGAUAGGUACAAGGUUGCUUUGGGCAUUGCUGAGGCGUUGGAUCAUCUGCACAGUUCAGCUGAUGAACCUAUUAUACACAGGGACGUUAAAUCUUCGAAUAUUCUUCUUUCUGACGAUUUUGAGCCACAGCUGUCUGAUUUUGGACUCACAACAAUGGCUUCAAGUUUAUCGUGUCACCUAGAAAGCAUUGAUGUUGCUGGAACAUUCGGCUACUUGGCUCCGGAAUAUCUUACCCAUGGAAAAAUAAACGAAAAAAUUGAUGUGUAUGCAUUUGGUAUUGUGCUGCUCGAGCUUUUAUCUGGUAGGAAGCCAAUUGAUAAUCGGAAUGCCAAUGCACAGAAAAGCUUGGUUUUGUGGGCGGAGGAAAUAUUGAGGGGCGGGAAAGCUACAGCGUUGCUAGAUGAAAGGUUGGUUGAGGCAUACGACCAUGAUGAGUUCGAGAGGGUAGUCUUGGCAGCAAAACUUUGCAUCAACCAUGACCCGAGAUUUCGCCCUGAAAUAAACAUUGUGGUUAGACUUCUCGAAGGCGAAGCGGAUGCAAUUGAUUUGGCGAGGCAAGAUGUGGAUGGGUCGGAGGAAUUGGAUAGUGAAAAAUGCGGAAUUAACAUCCAAUCGUUGAUUAAUCUUGCAUUGUUGAAUUUGGAAGAUGAUUCACCUGCAAGUAGCAGUAAUGGUCAAAACAUCUCAGUGGAGGAUUAUUUGCAGGGGAGAUGGAGUUGUUCCUCAAGCUAUGAUUAGGCUUUCUAACCAACAUUUUGGUCUGCAGACAAGCUAACAGUGUUGUUUUAUAUGUAAAUCCCCCUUCCCCUCCCAUGUAGUUUCUUGGUUUGGUUUUCUUGUAAUUAUGGAUGGGUAUGCAAAGCUGCCUCAUCCUUGCUUGAUUUGUUCUUAGUUAAGUUCCUACCAGAGUGUGUAUAAUCAACAUUCAUGUUUGUAAUCAUGCUGAAGAUGAGAUGUAAUGGCAAAUUAUACCAUGACCAGAGUUUAUCUUGCAUUGUAGAACCUGGUCCAAAAAUAACUUUCAGAAUCUA